AUGAAACAACCAGUCUCACUUUUUGCUUAAAAUACUUUUUCAAGAAAUAUAAAUUAAGAAGAUGAUCAAGAAAUUCAGGACAGAUCAGGUUUUGAAAUUUUAAAUAUGGAUGGUCAAAAGAGAAGGAGAGAAAAACUAUCUCCAGUGGCUCGAUCGAAUUCUGGCCAUCAUGAAUAGUUGAUUUUACAAUACCAUAAUCCAUAAUAACUCAUUACUCCUAAAAAUGAGAACAUUACAGAGAGACUUUAAACAUUUGCUUAGACAGAGCAAUUCAAAUAAUCAAAAUCAUUUCGAAAAUUGAUUGUGUAUUUUCAUCAAAAGGACUUUAUAAAAAUACUAUUGGCUCCAUACAAAUUAACGUCAUCUUUUACUCUAAGACAUUUUAUGUUAAUUAAUGAUUUAGGAGCCUCCUUUAAAUACUAAGUAGGCAGAUUUAAUGAAAGUUAAAAAAGCUUGAUUCAUUAAUACAUCUCACUUAUUGACAUUAGAAUCCAAAUAAGAUUAAAACUUAGAACUAUAAAAACAAAGUGCAAACAUUACUUACAACACAUCCAUAAUUAAAUUCCAUUAAUUGAACCGAUGAGUAAUCUCAAAUUUUUUUGGGAUUUAAUAUGCUUUGGUAUCAGGAUUUAUUUAAUUGUGGUAAUCCCAAUACUGAUGGCAUUCCAUAAUUAAAACUUCAUUGAUAAACAAUAAAUACCAUUAAUUUUAUUUUCUAUUGCUUUAAUUUUUGAUAUCAUUAUGAGAGCAUUUACUGUAACCUAUGAUUAAGGAUUACCUGUAAGAGAUCGUUAUUUAUUAUAUAAAAAAUAAGUAAACUUCUCAACAUUAUUGGAAUUAUUUAGUUUUAUUUACACAAUCAUAAUAAGUUUAUAGUCAGACAACAUUAUCGAUAAAAACCUAGUUGGAGAUGGUUGGCCAAAAUUUAUAUUAGCUUUAUAGUAUAUAUAAGUGGCCAAUAUAUUAAAGUUUAUAGACAUAUCUUAAUACUCUUUCAAACUCAGCCGAAUGUCAACAUCAAUAGUAGAACUCAUUAAAUUAAUAACACUAAUACUUUUGGUUUAACAUGUGUUUAGUUGUGUAUGGCUUGUCUUUGGUAUUUAAUGUUAGGAUACAUAAUAAUAGUCAUGGUUAGAUAAAUUUGAGCAUGAUUAAUGGUCAUAUUAGUUCUUACAAUCCUUCUAUUUUAUUUGUGUUACUACGUUUACUGUAGGCUAUGGUGAUUUGACACCAAAAAGUAAUAAUAUUUCAAUAAUUUAGAUCCGCCUGAACAAAUCUUUACUAUCUUUUAUAUGUUUUUAUGUAUGUUGUUAUUCUCUUACACUGUAAAUACUAUUGGAAGCAUACUCACUUAAAUAAAAGAAAGCAGCGAUAAAAUUAAAACUAAACUCACAGCCAUAAACUAGUAUAUGCACAAUAAACAGAUUAGUCCAACUUUAUAAUUUAAGUAAUAUCAAUCAAAUAUGAUAGAGUUCGAGAAUAGUUGUAUUUUUAUCUUAAGCAAGAGGUUGUUCAAUAAGUUAAUGAGCAAUCAGAAAUUAUAUCAAUGCUCCCAGAAGAAUUAUAACACAGUCUUAGGAUAGAGGCUGCCAAAUCUUUAAUAAAUAAAUGCCCAUUUUUUAGCGAGAACUUUUCAAAUGAAAUAUUGAAUCAGCUAUUGGAAGAAGUCAAUUUCUAAAUAUUUUAGCCAGGAGCCACAAUUUAAUCAAAAGAUGAAUUCUUCAUUCAUAUCAUUGAAUAAGGAUAAGUCGAAGUUUUAUAUAAAAAAGUAAUAUUACUUUUUAUUAUCAUAGAAAAUUAUACAAACACUUGAAAGAUUUGAUUACUUUGGACUUGAAGAAUUUCUCAGUCAAUAACAAAAUCCAAAUUUUAUUUUCAAAAGUAAUGCUUUUACUAGUGUACUCUCCAUUCCAUACACUUAUUUUCAUAAGAUAUUAUCUCAAAAUGAUCUAGAAAACUAAAAAUUUCAUAAUCUACUUACAUCCUAAUCUUGUCUCUCAAACUAUUGUUUUAUAUGUAAAAACAAGAGACAUUCAACAUAGUCCUGUUCUUUGGUUCAUUUUAUACCAAACAAGGAGGUUGUCUUAAAAAGGUACCUUUAUAGAAAAAAAUAAAAAAAAAGAAUUAAGUAAGACAGAAGGAAUAGAUAGUUAUCAAUAAAUGAAAUUAAUUUAGUAAAUGGAUAAAAUUAAAUUAAAUAAAUUUAAUUUAAAAAUGCUUGCUAUAAUUAAAAAAUGAUUGAAUCAAUAGUAAACAAAUUUUAAAUUGAAAACCAAGUAGCUUUAGAAACUCUAUUUCCUACAUUUGAAUAACCUAUUAGUAUAGAUAGUUAAAGUGAAUCUGAAAAUGAUGAACUUGAGGAUUUUAAAGAUUAAAGUUUUUCAUAAUAAAAUCAGAAUUCAAGAAGAGGCAGCAAACAAAUUCCUUGUAUUUCUUCCAAAAAUUUACUCUAAUAUUAGAUUUUAGAUAAAAUUAAGAAAGAAAGAUAGAAUAGAUUAAUCUAACCUUUACAACCUUAACUCUUAAUGUCUCAAUAUGGAUAAAAUAAUGCAAAUCCUACUGUUAAUACUAAUGCUAAUACUAACACCAAGUUAUAACUGAAAAAGCUGUUAUUGUCCAAGCCUGGCCAACCUGAUUAUGAUGAAUAAGUAACAUAAAUUCAAGAAUUAAACUUUUUUAAUGAUUUAAGACAGAAAAUGAAUAAUUUACUUUUAUUUCCAAAAACAGAAUAAGAAUAAAUAGAAUUUUUGUAUAAGAAAAUUUUAAAUAGAAAGGAGGACUUAGGUGAAAUGUCGGACUUUGAAAUAUUAAAAAAUUAUGAAGUCUUUAAUAGAUAAUGGAAUGCUGACUAAGUAGUUAAGAAAUUAGUGUAAAAACAAAAAAAGUUUAGAGGAUUUAAAAAACUUAAAAGAUUUUUGUUGUUCCCCUUUCUUUAUAUUAAUAAAUAUUUAGACAAAAAGGAUUAAGGUGAACUAUUUAAACCAUCUGAAAAAACAAAAAAGAAAAGUAAGCAUUCACUCUAUUAUUAGGACCUGCAAGACCAAAGGUAAUCAAAAAGACGAGGGUUAGUCCUAAAAUAUGA